AUGUGUCGUUUUGCAAUGCUGUUGUUUGUGGUGUUGGCGGUGACGGCCGUCGUGGUGACAGAAGCACAGAGGGAACCUUCAGCUUCAAAGUGUCAGGCUGCAACAGAACUAGCAAUAGAGAUUCUGCAGGCAGCGAAAGGCGCUCACACCGGGGUGGUCGUGGGACCCCACAAGAGGAACUCGGAGCUCAUCAACUCUCUUCUGGGUCUUCCCAAGUUCAUGAUUGACGCCGGCAGGAGGUGAUGAGAUGCCUCCCUCUUCACAAGUUUAUGGUUAUGAUUAGAUGCCCAAAUCUGAGCCCAAUUUCCCAUGAACACUAUUUUACAUU